AUGCGGUUUUGGUGGCCGGGUUGGGAGCCUCGAGAGCGCUCUCUAUCUAGCGAUAGUGAGUGCUCUACGGACAGCCAUUCCAGUCUCGCCAGCGAUGCGUCUUUCUAUGACGCGUCGCCUGAUGACGAAACUGGAGUGGGACACGACGAAAUGCCCCCUCUCCCAGAUGACACGCAACUGGUCACUGGGGAAGAGGCGGGGCAGUCUGAUUUAAGACUGUUCCCAGAAAGUUCGUCACCCUUCUUUGCGGAACGGGUGGGACGAAACUGCCUGGGAACGGUCGCCGUCGGACAAGGGGUAGGGGUACACACUGGUACCUCCAAUAAUUCCCUUCCGGGGCCCCAAAAUGGGCCCCGAGUGCGUCUACGCGCGCCAUCGCCUCGCGGCGGUGACGCGGAGUUGGGCGCCGCAACUUCGGGCACGGGUUCGGAUCCCACAUCGCCCAGUGCCUACCAAGUUUCCGCGCGCGCAGAGGUCUCUGUCGCGCGCGAGGCCCCCCGGUCUCCGGCCCCAAUUUUGGGUGUCAUCAUAGACCGGGACGAGGCCCGGCGACCCCCCGUUGGUACCAGCGAAGGUACCUUCGGCAAUAUACUUGGUUUAAGUAUCGGGGUCGCCGAUUUUCGCGACAACCAUCAAGACAACGCUCAAGACUCUCCGGCCCAAGAUGGCAUCGUCUCCGCCGGCCCUGCAGCGGCCUCGAGUCAGCCACCCGCCUCCCCCGCGCGCCGUUUGGCUUCGACAGCGUCUCCGCGUGCCUGCUCGCCCUCCGCGGCCCCUCAAGACCCCAGAGCGUUUGUUGGCAUACCCGGCAGGGCGGGCGUUACGCUGCCCGACCGGGUAUCGCUUCAAGACAUGGACGACCUACAGAGCGACGGCUCCCCGGGUGCUUGCAGGCAGCUCCCGGGUUCUACAACAUGCACUACGACUACGGACACCUCGCCAAGCGCCCUCCCAGACGUGGGAGGGCCACAAGACACUGCAAACGCUGAAGCUGGGCCCGGCAGGGUGGCAAGCAUGCUGCCCGACCGGGUCCAGCAUGGACUACCUCAGAGCAUCGGCUCCCCGGGUGCCAACAGGCUGUACCCGGGUUCUACGACGUGUGAGACGGCUCCCCCCGCCCUCCCCCCAGCUCCCGACGGCCCCGUCGCCGUCCAGGACCCUGCGGAUGUUGCUGCUAGACCCGGCAGGGCGGCAGAAAUGCUGCCCGACCGGGGUACCGACGGGUUCGCGCUUGCAGUCUUUACUGCUCGCGCCCUAGGUGCCACUCGUGGCCCUGGAGACCCUGAGGACGACAGCAGCAGCGACCGUGAGGUCUCGGACGGUGACGCAGAGGCUACCACCGCCGCAAGUGAUGACGACCGGCUCGGACAGGUAGCUACGGAGCUGCCCGCCCGAGCUGGAUACACUGCAGUGGCCACGGCCGCUCCUGUGGGCAUGCACGCUACCACCAGCGAGGCCGUGUCCACUGCAGCAAUUGUUUAUGCUUCUGUUUCUGUCCCAAUUACCUGUGACGACCGGCUCGGCUGGCAGACACCCAUACUGCCAGACCGAGCCGGGUGCGACGCUCCGAUGCCUUGCGGCGACGAGUUGUCUGCCGGGCCCUGCCCCCAACUUGAUGACUGCACACCCGGCAGGGCGGGUACCAUGCUGCCCGUGGGUGAUGCACAGGCUCCUGCCACGACCGCUGCCGUCCCUAUGGAGGUUGACCAGUGCGCGACGUGGCAGGCAGCCAGCCAUGUACCGGGCUCGCCGCCUCUCGUGCUCCGCAUCGGCGGCAAGCGUCGCCGCUUGAGCGAUGACGGCGACGAUGACCCGCGCGAGCAGGCCGAGCAACUGCUGCUCGAGGACGUCGAGGCCGGCCCCAAGCACUCAGCGCUUUGGCCAUCCACGGCCAGCGCACUCCCGGCCUCCGUCCUGGCCGUGUAUGCACACAACGCGCAGCGCUUCACGUGCACGCUGUGUACAUACACGGCCUCAAGCUUUGCUUCGCUCAAGCGACACAGGGACUCACGGCACCGCCGUAUCACCUUCCUCGACCGCUUCUCGGCAGGUUGUGCGUGCGGCACGCCUUUCGUGUCGAGGCUGGCAGCAGCAAACCACGCUCGCGCGUGUGCCAGCCUCCGCGACACUUCGGCUGCGACUACACCAGCAGCAGGGGACCUCAGCCCCACUGCUGGUGCUGUCAAUGCCACCGCUACGGUGGCCGACACCGAACCCGUGCUGCCCCGCCAAGACCCUCCGGUGCUCGCUGUGUCCCCCCCACAGUCGAGCACCACGCAUGACAGGUCUACAGAGUCAAGAUGGAGCCCUCCGCUCCCAAGACAGCUGGUUGCUUCUCGCGUUGCGUCACGCCUCUCCGAGGUUCCCGCCCCACGUUGGGGUCCACCACUGUCUCGCAGCUUGGUGGUGUCAAGGAUUGCUGACCAUCUGCUCCCGCCAGAGCUAACGGAGGAAGAGGAGACCAAGGCUGGGGACAGCGACGACGAGGACGUCACCGAUGACCAAGACAAGGACGGCGAGUGGCUGCUGCGCUUUGACGGUGCCUGCCGGGCAAACCCUGGCCCUGGCGGCGCCGGCGCUGCGCUGUUCAAGCCCAGUGGCCCUGUCGUGUGGACGUGCUCCCACUACAUGCCGAGCAGCGGCGAAACCAACAACACGGCCGAGUACACCGCGCUGCUGCUCGGCACACGGGCUGCCGCCGACCACGGUGUCACGCGCCUACGGAUCGAGGGUGACAGCACUCUUGUCAUCCAGCAGGUGCGUGGCAUCUUCGCCACACGCAACAAGCGCCUGAGGCAACUGCGCAUUGCGGUCAUGGCGGAACUGGCGCGGAUGGAGCAGGCCACGCUCCAUCCCAUCGACAGGCAGGCAAAUGGCCAUGCCGACCGCCUCGCCAACGCCGCUCUUGACUGCCGCACGACUACGUUGGAGUGUGGGGUGCAUACCGAUGGACAUGGAUGCACCUCCACCUCCACGACGGCCCCUGCUCCCGCAGCUGCACCUCUGCCUGCCACACCGCAUGUCGCGGUGGGCGCCGAUGUCCCCCCAAGCCCUGCAGAUGAUGAUGACAUGGGGGACAUCGAUGAUGGCGAGGUGUAUGCAGCGAUGCGUGUGGGGCCUGAUGCAGUGCCUCAGCGCCGGUCACGGCUGCGACUGCGGCAGCUGGACGAGGACGAGCAAGAGGCUGCGGGCAAGUUGGUGGAGCGGCUGGCUGCGAGGCUAGCUGCCAAGAUUACAGAUGCCGACGACUGGGAGGAGGCAGAGGGCUACAUCACAGCCCUCCCUUAUGUACUGUACGAUCACCUGCAGCCUUACUCCCAGACACAGCACCCCGCCCAACCUCGUUCGCAGCGCCGGAAGGAGCCGCACCAAGGCCAAGCACAGGCCGUUCCGCACGACGGUCAGCGCCAAGGUGGCAGCCGUCCACGUCCACGUCGUCGCCAUGGUCCCUCUGGUGGUGACAAGGGUUGCUGGCGCACGCGUCCGCCCCGUGUGACACGUCAUCACCGUGAGCACCGGCUUGACGAGGCUCUGGACGACAUGCAUGCUGUCCAGCGCAGCGAGCCGGGCAACCGCAAGGUUGUGGCUAAGGCACGUCGCCGUGUGGGGAGGAUUCACUCCUUCCUAGAGCAACACGGCCUCCGCCACCUCUACGGCACCGAUGAGAAGGUGUGUGUUGAGAGCAUCCUGGCGACGGCUCGGUCCAAGCGCGAGGCAGAUGAGGCUGCAGCUACGCCAUCCGCUACCACUGCACCUCCGCCGGACUGCGUGGACGUGGAAGAAGGCAUCUGCCCCAUUCCAGGGGAGCGUCUGCACCAGUUCUUCACGGUGGUGAACACCCCGAUGGGUGCCUUCGACCCCAUGGCACCGGUAGGUGCCGCGUUCCGCACGGCCAUGGACCGCCUGCCGCCAGCAACCGUUGACAUGGCACUGCUCACGGAUGCGCCGUCGUCACAGGAGAUCGAUGACCAAUUGCAGCGUGCGCGUGGCAGUUCAAGCCCCGGCCUGGACGGUGUCGGCUACGACAUCUUCAAGAUGUUCACGGCCCAGCUUCUGCCCGCUCUACACGCAGCGUUCGCGCGCUGCUGGCAGUCCAAGCGUGUGCCGCAGAGUUGGAAGAUUGGCGUGGUGCGCCUGCUGCACAAGAAGGGCGAUCGGCUCGACCCAUCGAAUUGGCGGUCGAUCUGCUUGCAGCAGGCCAUCUACAAGUUGUACGCCGGUGUCUUGUCGCGUCGCUUUACGCGCUGUGUAACGGGGUGA